AUGUCUUCUCCUCAAAGACUCGGUCUUGGCAUUAUCGGUGCCGGUGAGGUCUUCCAAGUCUGUCAUGGGCCUUGUCUCUUGCUUUUAUCGCACCUAUUUAAGAUUGAAUCCAUCUGUGAUCUGUCACCUACCACGGUAGAGCACUGCGCGACCAAGUUCAAUGUCCCACACAAGACCACCACCCCGCAAGAGGUGAUUGACAACCACAACGUCCAAACAGUCUUCAUCCUCACCUCGGAUGAAAGCCAUGCCCCGCUAGCUAUUGCCAGCCUCAAAGCGGGCAAGAGCGUCUUUAUUGAGAAGCCGGUAUCUCUGUCUCUCCCUUCUAUGGAAUCGAUCAUCGAGGCCGAGAAGAAUGCACCUGGAGGUGCCCGAGUCUUCGUGGGCUAUAUGCGUCGCUAUGCUCCCAGCUUCCUGCAAGCUUUCAAGCGAGAGAUUGCCACCAUCCCUAAAAUCCUGUAUGCACGAGUCCGUGACUUUAGCGGACCUAAUGCGCAGUUCGUCAACCAAAGUGGUACAUUCCAGGUCAAAAAUUCUGAUUACCCUGCCGGGGCAACAGAGGAGCGAGACGCACGAUUGGAAGCUCUAUUUGCAGAGGCGUUCCCGAACCAGGAGAUCACGGAUGAAAAGCGCAAGUUUUGCCGCUUCCUUGGUAGCCUUGGGUCUCAUGAUAUUUCUCUCAUGCGUGAAGUCCUUGGUUUCCCCGAGAGUGUCGUUGGCGUGUCUGCAAAUGAUCCUUUCUACAGCGCCAUCAUGAAUUUCCGCAAUCAAGAUGGCUCAACUUAUUCGACCACCUAUGAGAGUGGUAUUGAUGGCGUUCCAGUCUUUGAUGCCCAUAUCGCAGUGUACGGAGCUAACAAGAGAGUGACAAUCAAGUACGAUAGCCCUUACGUCAAAGGGCUGCCGAUCUAUGUUGAGGUGGAAGAGCCGAACGAGCAUGGCGAGAUUCAGCGGCGGACUAUGCUGUCGUCGUACGAAGAUGCUUAUACGGCCGAGCUUCAGGAAAUGCAUGCAGCAUUUGUGCAUGGCAAAGCUAUCAAGACAAGUGUCGAAGAUGCCAAGAAGGAUCUUGAGAUCUAUAAUAUGAUGUACAAGAGUUGGAGCGGGAAGUAG